AUGGCUGCUUCUACAGAGCAACUAUCCUUGGCGGUCGAGUUCUCGGGCGGACUAGAGAUGCUGUUCUCAGACCAAAGACUGCAUUCGCUAGCUCUGCCAGCUCAGGACACGGAGGGAAAGCCCACCACUCUCGCGUAUUUGAUCAACCACCUCUGCCAGAACGUCAUGAAUGACACCAGAAGUGAGCUCUUCAUCUUGGACGGCCAUCUACGACCGGGCAUCUUGGUCCUCAUCAAUGAUGCAGACUGGGAGCUCGAGGGCGAGGAGACGUAUGAGCUGAAGAGUGGCGAUAACAUCUUGUUUGUCUCGACGCUCCACGGUGGGUAG